GGGAUAGACGCGCUCGACACGCGACGCUCUCAGUCUCUGCCCACAGGCAUCGUGUGAUUCGUGUCAAUGGUGGCGGGCGAUCACAAGAUUGCGGCCACUGGCACGGCCGAAAUUGUGACAGGCCAUGCAUCAGAGAAUGCUAUAUUAUUCAGACAAACAGUCUCCCAUAGGUUGUCUCCUUCCUCUUUCCUCAGCAUCCGCCAUUCACCCAGACUCGCCUACCUUGUUCAGAAUACCAAACCUCCCCAAGCCGCCCAUCACCCGCUUCAUUCACCAUGCAGCUUUCAUCUCUUUUCCUGUCGGCCACAGCAGCCCUGCUUGCUCAGGUUGUCUCGGCUGAGUAUUACCAACUCGAAUCAGGCGAUGCGCUGCUGCAACAGUUUGGUCCCGCCAAAGAGCAUAUCCAGUCGAAAAAUGUCGUGUUCGACGCCAUCGGCCCGGAGGCCAUCAUUAGCUUGAACGAGGAGGGCGAGAUUGGAAACGGAUUUGUAUUGCGGACAGUUGGCUCGGGCAAGUGGGCUUUGGUGGCAGCCGCCAGUCCCGACCGGGAUGAUAUCACAGGGCCAUUUGCUGUCGAGACCGUUGACGGUGUCGAUGAUCAGUUCGUCUACAAGGGGGGCCAGGAAGGCACGUACGAGUGGGUUGUCUGUGGUGAAGAGGGCCAACUCAAGAUUCAUCUGGCCGCAACAGAGGUUGACACCGGAUGCCUCAAAGACAUCCAACUCACUGCUGUCGGGAUUUAAGAUGUGAGAAUGGGUGGGUAAUCAGGGGGGUAAUUCGCACCUCAUCAGCCAAGGAACACAAUCCUCUCACUGUCAGGUCACGGUAGCCAAGAUACCUAUGUACCUAAGUAUGGGCCUCGGUAC